UGAACAUCCAUGGGAAAUGUUUCUAAUACGAUGUAAUAUCCAAAAAUAAUUACUUUAAAUAACAUGUGUUGUAAAGGUUAAAUCCAGAGUGUAAAAUCAUAUCUAAAGUACUAUUAUGUAAACAUAUACUGGUCCAAAUAUAAUUCAACUCGGACAUUCAAAGUUUAUAAGUAUUUAUAUUAUCAUUGAUUUUACACCCUUAACUUUACUUUGAAACUUAAAGCAAUAAUAUUUCUCUUAUCUCUUGGAAGGUCUUGUGUCAUGCGCGGAUGUGCUUAAUUACAAAAUAGCAAGUUUCUACAAUCGAAUAGUACAUAUUUAUGACUUUUGAGAUCUGGCUUGUAUCUGUAUCAAAGCAUUGUUUACGAUUAAAUUUACAUAAAGGUGUUUUAUGCAAAAUCCCAUUUGGAAAGAUUUACAGUCAAGUCCAAAAUAACGAUAGAUGUGUGAAACCCUAAUAGCUAUAUACCUGUCUUUGUUUACUGUUACCUUUUUAACAGUACAUAAUUGUAACAUAGCCCAUUAGAAUAAUAAUAAAUAAAAAGCGUCUCAUUUCUGGUCUUGAAAAACUGUGACUCAAUUGACUUAUUGAAGUUUUUUUUUUCCAAACCAUGUUUACCCGCUCUACCUUUAAAUAUACAAGAGAUAAGCCCAAAAUAAAGAGUCGUUCGCUCUCUUUCCUUUUAGUUGAUCUGAAAUUAUACACUUGUAAAGCUUAUUUGAAAACGAAUUUAUGGGUCUUCUUAUUUGAACGGAGAAUCCUAAAUCUAAAGACAGGUUUUUUUUUGUUUAGCAAGACAGGAUUACUCUAAACGUUUACUAAAUAUUUACUUGGCUUUGGAUUUGUAAAAUAAUACGAGGAUGACUCAUUCAAGAUAGAUUAUGUCAAGUGUUUGGACCCAAAUAAUGAAAAUCUUUUUUGUAAAUAACUAACAAAAGGGCGGAUGAACUGGUUGAAUGAAAUAUCAAGUAAUAGAUCAAAUAAAAGGGAUAUAAAAUUUGAUUUUGUAAUUUAUCACAUCAAGCUCAUAUCAAUUAUAUGUAUCCAAGUUCAGAUGAAUUUAGAAGGUAAGCAAAAGAAGACAUAUUAUUAAAUUUUAAUUUAAAUAGAUGUGAACCUCUACUAGUCACGUGAUGUGUUGGGGCUAAUUUGCAUAUGAGAUGAUCUAAGGUAUUUUUGAUAUUGUUCCUUUGUUGUUGUGGCUUGUUUCUUUCUACGUUUUUUUUAUCUUUGAAUUGUUUUGAUUUUACUCUAUUUAUGGUUGGUGAGUAAGAUUUCGAUGUGCUUGUGUUUUUCCUUUUUGGCCAGAUUUUCUAAAAACCUGUUGCUUUCUGUCAUGUUAAUCGUUUAGACAGUUCUGACAUGUAUAUAUAUAAUGACGUAUUUUACAUGUACGUAUUUAAUUAAUAUUUGCUGCGAAUCUGCGUUACGUCAUAACAAAUCUUGCUUUUCAGAAUAAUCUUGGUUCGGUCAGUUUUUUUUAUGUUUUAACUCAUGUUUUAUCUAACUUCUUAACAUCUCAACAUAGCUUGAUUAUCUGGCCGAUUGGUUUGGCACAAAGCGUUGUGAUAAUAUAACUGAUACAAUUAUUUUUGGCUGUCAAAAUUUUAUAACCAGCUAUCGUCCUGUAGCAUGAUACAGUUCUUCUACAUGGAAUUGUUUUCAUUAAUUUCGCACCUUUGUAAUCAGGAUUGGAUUCUUGUUUAUUUUUCUUGCUACCAUAUUUAGUUACCAUAAUAAAUCAGUUGUUCUGAGGUCUGUUAUUUUAACUAUAUUUUGUCUUUUUGAGGAUUGUUCAUAAAUUGUCUCUUAAUUGGUUUAUAUUGAUUGUUGGAAACAUUGAUUCAAAUCGCAUAUUAAUGCAUUUUUAAUGCAUAAAUGAUAUUUAAUAAUAAUUUUUUUUUCAAUCUUGAUAAAGCAUUUAUUAGAUUUCUUUGAAACCUAUUUUUCAACAGGUGCCAUCUUUUUUCUUUGAUAAAUUAGGUGAUGCUCCAGUUGCUUUUCUUGAUAACACAAAGAAACCCAAGGUAAUCAGACCAAGAAUUAACGGCAAAGUAAAGAGUAUAUUCCUUGGACGUGAUGCUAAACAAGCCAGCCAAGAGGUAACUAUUUCUCGAGCAGAAGGCGGUAUGGGACUUUCCUUAGAUAAAGCAGCUGCUCUUAAAUCCCGAAAACAGCAAAUCAACAAAACGAAUCUUGACUCAUCUGAUAUUACUGUCGAUGUUUCUGUACGAGCUCCAGCUAGCAAGAAUUUACCAUCAAAGAACCAUCAUGUACCAACAACCCCUCGUCCCCCGCAUACCACAUUCAAACUUUCAGCUCUUACGACCAUUUCAACUCCAGUAACCACUCCAACCACCGACAAAUCUGUCAAGAAAGACACAACCAUCCCCACACUAUCAAGUGACAUGAUGCUCCCCGAUGGCUCAUUCGAAUCUGGAGAUGGCGAAAUUAUCAUGGAAACCUUUACAACUGAAAAAUAUACCACGAGCAAACUAGAAGAUGAAGCCUACACCAAAACGGAUAUGUUUGAGUCAACAUUUGACAACAUUUUAAAGAAUAUCUUUAAAUAUCAGGAUGAGAAAGAUCUUGAUUUGAAGAAGGCUUCUCCGGAUACAGACAAACCCAUUCUAGCGUUAAACCAACUGACAAAAGAAGCGAGUUUUGAACCAUCCAAUAGCUCAAAUUAUACCAAAGAGGCUCUAGUACACAGCCUUCCAACAACAGUAGAUCACACACCAUUAAUAAAUGAAUCCAAUUCCUUGACAACUGUGGAUAAAUUACCAAACUCCGAUUAUUCAGAUGAAACAAUCUUGCCAACACCAUCAGCUGAUGACGAUUUGAGUUUUACCCUUCCCUCAAACACAACUCUUGCUCAAUAUAUCUUUGGAAAUACAACCCUCGACGACAACUACUCCAACGAUCUGGCUUUCAUCUUGAACAGUACGCUCCCAUUAGACUACCUUAUCAGCAAUGACACAUUAUACAACGAAUUCAUGAGCAUCAUCAACGAGACUCUUUCAUAUGAUGAAAUCAUAAAGCAGGCUAAUAUGUCUAUAGACAUGGCAUUACACGAAACAGGCGAUUACCAGAAUUUGAUUGACUACAUUUCUAACAUGACUGCAGUCUUAGAUACGGAAGCCAACUAUACCAGCCCACCUGAAAUAACUGCCUACCAUACAACCCAUGGUAUCAAAAUCAACACAGAUGAUGGAAAUGCUACCACGACUCAGACCACCAAGACUUCAGCAAAGAAAGUAGCUAAAAAUACUUCUACGACAUUUGCUGCAAAGAUCAAUACUAAACCUGCCAGAUCCAGCACAGUUAAUACCCGAGCAAGAGUUACCGACCCUGCUAGAUUUGAGUACGCUGAUUCUAGUGCCCCUCAAUAUUCAGCAGUCCAAGAAAAAGAACGCGAACACGAAGGACACCGCCAUAACUACCCACAAAAGACCGAUUUUGCCGCUGGAGAUUAUUACAGCAAUGAAGAUCAAGAUAUUGAAAGAAACUCUAAUAAUAACCAGGUCACCAAACCAUUCAAACACUCUGGCUUCGCUCCUGUAAACUUAGAUGACAGUUAUAAAAAGAACGCCCGCCACGCCGGUCUAUCCUAUCUCGGAUUCGAUUUCAAACACAUCAACCGAAGCCCUUACACCCCUAAAUCAGAGAACUCCGAGGUAGCUCAACUGGUUAAUCAGAAAACUAUUUGGUCUGAAUCAACACAAAAACACGUUACAUCUCCCGCAGGAUAUUCAUGUCCCGGUUUAUUUGGUUACUAUGGUGACGCACACAACUGUAAAGCAUUCUUCAUCUGCAGUUGGGGUGUGCCUUACCGAUUUCACUGUCCCACGGGAACCAUGUGGAGUAGUAAAGAAAGUGUUUGUGACUGGAACCGAAAUGUUAUUUGUCAUGAGAGCAAGUAAAGCUUGAAUACUUCUGCAAUAUGUAUCGAACAUUAGCAAUGAAUCGUUUAUUCGAAGAAAAGACUUCAGUAUAAUCGACUUACCUCCCUUUAUAUGUUACCAUUCACGAUUGAAAUACCAGAGUAACAGACUUAUUAUUUGAAGGAAGGUCAAAUAUCAAAAACUAUGAUGAUAUAUAAAUAGUGUAUAUAAUAGACAAAAGACUAUUUAUAAGUCUGUCACGAACGACAACUCAUAUAGAAGUUCGAAUUUAGAGACGGGCACGUGACUGUAGGAAGGUGGAGUGUAAGUUUCACGUGUCCCUCCGGUGAUAAAGUGAUAUAUAAUUAUAUAUUAUGUAAAUAGGAAUAUAUUUAUAAUUAAUCGAUGUAUUCAUAACCGUUUUUCACUGCAUCACCUGCAGCAACACACCAGCUAAUCACUUCACUAUUGACUUUAUUUUUAUUACCAGAAAAAUAAGAAGUAUGGCAGCCUUGGUCCAAUGUGUUACUUCGACAUAGCCAAGUUCCAAUGCGGUACUUUAGCACAGCGAAAUUACAGUGCGGUACUUUCAUACAGCAACAUUAGUCGCAUACAUUACUGAACAUUUUUGUUUCAACUAACAAUUUGAUAUUGUAAUUCAAAUCAUUGCAUACGACCUUGAAAAUAUCGGGUCCAAUGUGUUCAUCGUUUGUUUUAGAUAUGGGCAAGGCUCCUAGAAAAAUCACAAGUCGUCUCAUAAUAUGUCAUUUGUUUGUGCUGCAAUAACCCGCAGGGUUUUCGUAAGGUCAAAUUUAAUAUUAUGAAAUACUGAUUUCAUGUAGACUUUAUCGCCAACUUUUAAAUGUAUAUUCAAAACUCGAAAUAUUGGGAAUAUUUAUAUUUUAAAAAGCUGCACUCAAACUGACUAUGAUUUUUUUAGGAUCCAAGCUGUUGUUUUUGUUUUAUGAUUUCGUCCUGUGUUCGUCUUAUUGUUGGGAAUAAUAUUUCUUAUUCCUUUCUUGUGAAUUAAUCAACACGGGUCUUAAUAUAAUAUUUAGGAAUAGUAACAAUUUGAACGUUUUUGUUAAUUUUUGUUCAGUGUCUGAUCAUCAUUCUAGUAAUAGCUUGUCUCUUUAAAGUGCACGUGGCUUCUCUAGCUUUAUGUUUUUCCACGUUUUAUAAGCACAUGAAUGCACCAUUUAUAUAGAGAGUAUAUCAUUAUGUACAUAGAACACCUGCUUUAUCUCAUUUGAAACCAGUUGUUAUUUUUCCAUUUAAAUCAGACAAUGCUUUAGUUUUUCAUGUGUAACGUGUUCUUUAUUAUUAUGUUAAAACUUCAUGUUUCAAUUCCUUGGGAUUUUCUUUCCUAUUAGAAGUUCGAAUUUAUGUGUCCAUUAGGAUUUGUGUUACUAUUAGGAAUAAUUCAAGUUUAUGUUAGGAAUUCAAGUAUGUAUUAGGAUUAAAUGAUUCGAGUUUCGGUGCGGAUUUCAUUCGGAAAUUCACGUUUAAUGAUUUAUGUUAAAAUAUCAUAUUUCAAUUCCAUUCUGGUUUCUUUCCUAUUAAAUGUUUGAAUUUAUUUCACCAUUAGGAUUCAUGUUACUAUUAGGAAUUCGCGUUUGUGUUAAGAUUAAAUGCUUCUGUUAUGAUUCGCGUUUCGGUUCGGAUUUCUUUCGGGAGUUCAUGUUUAAUCUUUUACGUUAAAACUUCAUAUUUCAAUUCCAUUCUGGUUUCCUUCCUAUUAAAAGUUCGAAUUUAUUUUUCCAUUAAGAUUCAUGUUUUAUGUUAAAAUUUCGUGUUUCAAUUCUGUGGGGUUUUCUUUCCUAUUAGAAGUUUGAAUUUAUGUUUCCAUUAAGAAUCGUGUUACUAAAGAAUUCAAGUUUAUUUUAUAAAUUCACGUUUGUGUUAAAAUCUCAUGCUUCUGUUAGGAUUCGCGUUUCGGAUAGGAUUUCUGUCGGAAAUUCAUGUUUAAGCUUUUAUGUUAAACUUCAUAUUUCAAUUCCGUUCUGGUUUCCUUCCUAUUAAAAGUUUGAAUUUAUUUAGGAUUCAUGAUACUAUUAUCAAUUCAAAUUUAUGCUAGGAAUUCGUGUUUGUGUUAAGAUUAAAUGGUUCUGUUAUGGUUCGCGUUUCGGUUCGGAUUUCUGUCGGAAAUUCAUGUUUUAUGUUAAAAUUUCGUAUUUCAAUUCCGUGAGGUUUUCUUUCCUAUUAGAGGUUCGAAUUUAUGUUUACAUUCGUUUAUGUCAUGGAUUCAUGUUUGUGUUCAGAUUACAUGUGUCUGUUAGGUUUCUGUCAUGACUAUCAUAGCUUUAUUUUACUAUUAUAAAUUUUAAUUUCUCUAGGGAAUUGCGUAGGCUGGCUCAUUCGCGUUAAGGUGUGGACGUUUCUGUUAGGAUUAUGACUCCACGUUAGAAGAACAAACGAAAUUGUUACUUGGCUCACCAAUCCCCACACACAAAAAACGAAAAGUGGUAUGAGGGGUUUUAGUUAUUACACCCUGGCUUGCUUAGAGCUAAAUUUGACAUUAGGCCCCACUUUUUAAGAUUUUUAUGUGUGUUUUAUGUGUGUUGUGUUUCGGUUUAUACAGGUAUUGAUCUUCUGGAUUCGUUUUACUGCUACAUGUAUUUCAUAUCCUCCCCAAUAAGUAGAUAAUUAAAGUAUAUAGGUAGAAAACUAUAUUUAAUCAAAAUUCAAAUUAAAAUAAGAGUAGUAAUAUUUUUGAAAUUUGAUUUAUGUUUUCUGUUCUUUGAAAUUGAGAAUUUCUUAUCUUGCACUUUUGUCUCCUUUAUGUGUUUAUUCGAAGUUUGUAUUUUCUUCCUCUUUGUUCGUUAACAUGGUUUAUUGUGUUCUGUAGUAGAUAUGGAAAACCAGUCGUUUAAGAUUAUGUACGCAAAACGGAUCAAGUUGUUUCUUCUUUCUGUACAAUGUAGAUUAGAUUUACCAGACAUUUUGUUGUUAGUAUUUAAAAGUUAAUUUUGUGUAUCAGCGUACUUGGUAGAUAACUUUAACCAGACACACAUUAUAUUGUUGCUGGCAUUAUGGUAUUUAUGCAUAUGUAAAUAUAAUAUAUUAUAACGUUGUAUAUAAGAAAAGUGUAUAUCACAACUCGUUUUUUACGUUUGUAUAGUUAUUUUUAUACGAAACUUGUAAUAAUUAUGUAUAUUAAUCACUUGUUUAUCUUGUUGCUUUGUAUAAACACCGUUUCUUUAUACUGGCUGUUGUAUAGACACCGUUUCUUUAUACUGGCUCUUGUUUAUUCUAUAUAAAUUCAUGUAAAAAUAAUCCAA